CCCGACCGUCGCCCUUAUUACUACUACUUACUACUACAUAUUUACUACUAUUGACUACUAUUGACUACUGACUACCUGCUCACUACUCCCCGAGUGACUACCACCCCGCAGGAUAGCACUGCAUCGCAUAUAUAUCCUUCAGCCAUGACAAACCCCGUUUAAAUCAUAACCCCUACCACUAAACAGCCCUUCCACCGACCUAUAUAUGCACCUCACUCCCGCCCACGCGAACACAUACACGACCCCAACAAUAUGACCGACUACUCGAAACUAAAGGUCACCGACCUCAAGGCCGAGUUGAAGCGCCGCGGCAUCGCCCAGACCGGUCUGCGCGUCAAACAACAAAUCAUCGACCGAUUGGAGGAGGAGGACGCUCGCGAAGCUGCUGGACAGGAUGCGACCGCGGAACCCGGCUCAGAUCGCGACAACGCGCACGAGACCGAAGUGAACGGACCACCUGAACCCGAGGAGGUACAGCCUGCGCAGGACGUCGACCCAGAGGCAGAGGUUGCGCACACGGCGCCCACACCCGAAGAGACAUUGAAACAUACGGAAGCCGAGUCAACACAGCCAAAGGAAUCAACGCCGGAGCAGGAUGGCGCUACUGUAUCUCCUCAACCGCAAAAGGUAGACGAGGAUGUUCCCGGUGGCAACCACCUCGCAGAGAAACCCGCAGAACAAGCAGAACAACAGAAAGAAAAGGAGGAGUCAGAGGCAGAAGCGCAAGAGCUGCAAGAGAAGGGUGACGCGACCGCGACCGAAACCUCUGCAGUGCAGGACACAAAGACUGAGCCUCCUGCAGCCCCGGUUGAGCAGGCUCCCGGAGAUGCACCGGCGCAGGAGCUCACGGCGGUCAAGCAGAAUACAGAGCUCAAGGAGACAGCCCCGUCCACGGCUCUUGCCUCGGAGAUGAACACUGCAUUUUCAACUCCUCUUCCCACAGAGGAACUGUUGGAAGAUCGCCGCAAGCGCAAGCGACGUAGCCAGAGUCCUGUGCCCACACCCGAAGCCCUUGCCAUCAAAAAGGCGAAAGCGCAAGAAGAAGAGCCCCGCGUGCUUCUGCCCGAAGAUCAAGGAUCGUCUGCCAUGGAAGUGGAUCAGCAGGGAGAAGAAGAGGCAGCAACGCCACGCGAACCCCCUGAGGCACGUGCGGCGCCUGAGACGGCGGCGUCAGGUCGAGAAACGGAGUCUGUCCCGACCGCCGAUGAUGCAGCCCUUGCAGCCAAGAAAGAUGCCCCGCCGAAACACGAUGUCCGUUUCAAAGGCCUCUUCACGGGCCCGGAUCCCGACCAAGCCCGUCCGCCGUCCCCUCCCCCUGACACUACUGCGGAUGAUGCAGAGUUCGAGCCUGCCUUACAUGCUGCCACUGCUGCGCUUUACGUGGGAGGUCUGAUGCGACCGAUGCAGCCGGCGACCCUUCGCAGCCAUCUGAUUAACCUUGCAUCGACCCCGGAUGCUUCUCCGAAUGCUGAUGUGAUUCUCGACUACUACCUGGAUCCAAUCAAGACCCAUUGCUUCGUGAGUUUUACGAGUGUGUCGGCCGCAUCGCGUGUCCGAGCGGCCCUCCACGGGACCAUAUGGCCUAACGAACGCAACCGCAAAGCAUUGUUUGUCGACUUUAUCCCGGAAGACAAGCUACAGUCGUGGGUUGAACGAGAGGAGGGCGCUCGACAGCGCGGUGGCCCCGCGCCUCGUUGGGAGGUGAGAUACGACCGGAGCGACGACGGUGUCGAAGCGGUGCUGGAGGAAGUCGAUUCCCGCAAACCGGCGGCCCAAGCUGCGCGCGCCCCCGAACUCACCGGCUUCUCUCGCCCACCGCCGACUGGUCCACGCGCAGAAGGUCGGGGCCCCAGUCGACGUCCCAGUCACCCUGGGACCACACGGUCGGAAUCCCACCCCGGCCAGGGGUUCAAGCCGUUGGACGAGCUGUUCAUGUCCACAACCACCAAGCCCAAGCUCUACUAUUUGCCCGUUACCCGGGAGGUGGCCGACCGGCGUCUCGAUCGGUUCGAUGAGCUGCUACGGAAAGGCGCAUUUCCCCGACGUGGAGGCGAUGAGACCCGUCGUAUCACCUUUGAAGAUGGGGACCAGUUUGUCGACAAGGGACCGGAAUACUUGGGUGGUGGACGGGGGCGACGCGGCGGCCGCGGCGGCCGCGGCGGCGGCCGAGGACGGGGAGGAGGGAUGGGUGAUUCGUGGCGAGACGACCGGCGCAGUCGUUGGUAACAGGGGUGAUGUCGACAACGACAAUGAUUGAACGGAUGUAGUCAUCGGUACUCGGCCAUAGUACUUAGACAGAUGCAAUGACAAGGGGGAGGAAAAGAAGAGAAGAUGAAUGUAAAUUAGGUGACGACUGCGCAAGUGGGGAGUCGAUCCUCGGCCGGCUAGAGUUGUAAUGAAGAACGCUGCUUGGCUGUGAUUUGUGAUGUAGAAGAGUCCUCAG